UUGAACUUUAAAUUUUUUUUUUCUAAUCUACCAAAAAUUUAUGUUACGAAAGAAAAUAUUUGAAAAUUGAAAAUUGGUAAUCCGCUAUUAUUUAUUGAACGAAGCCUCAAGGGAGCAUAUCAAACGACCACGCCUUAACGAUAACAAACAUGCCAUAUUUGUACAAAAUUAACUUUAUGUCUAGAAAGGUGUCGCCUUAUACAUAAAUUUUGACCCUAUCUUGAAAUCAACUUCAUUACCAUUUCAAAUUGAAUCAAAUUGGAUAGUUGUUUCAUUGAGAAUAAACCUCUCAAUACAUCCUUACAAUGUUUUUAUUGGCAAUACUAUCCGAAAACGAUACAUUUAUAUAGUGUUAUUUUUAACUGUUUUUAUAUUAACCUAGUCAGCAAUUGCAAAUUUAUUUUCCAAAUGUCAAAAACAAACGUUGUUUGAUUUGAAUCGUAUUAAGUGUUUAAACAGCUAAAUGUUAUUUACAAUAAAUGCUGAUAAAAUUACAAUUAUUUUGUGAACAGUUACUUUGAUAUUUGAUCCUAAACUUACUAGAAGCUCAAUUUAUUGAUGCUGAAAUUUGUUAAAACCGUUCCUGGAACCAAUUUCCAGAAGGCCAAUUUAUUAGAGGGCCAAACUAAUGAGUCAUCUCCAAAGGAAGAGAAGGAUAAUUAUGGAGUGAGGAUUCGAAAAACUUCGUCAAAGAGCAGGCCGAAAUCUUUCCAAAAUAAGCAGACGAGCAGUGAAGUAGAUCAAUGGACCAAAUUUGAUGAGGAAUUAUACCAAGCUGUGAAGCUCAGUUCAGCGACAGAAGUUAGCAACUUACUAAACCAGUUCCCACUCACCUGUCCCAAAGAAGAACUGACUUCAUUUCGGGACUAUUCGGACUAUAACACAACAUCUGGGCAAACAAGUUCGUACCCGACUGAAAUAUCACCAACAAAACUCAACCCAAAAGGCGACUCGAGCCUUCACUUGUGCUGUGAGAUUGGCAACUUGGACAUUCUGUCACUGCUCCUCAUGAAUUCGACUACUUCUCCCACCCAAUCUUCAUUCUCUCCCCAUUCCAAAAUCAACUCCAUAGACUCGAAAAACCGCACCCCUUUGCAUCGGGCGUUGGUCUCUGGACAGACAGGAGUGGGCAAGACUCUGAUCCAAAGUGGGGCUAACAUAGAGGCUCAAGACCAGACAAACAUGACGCCCCUACACAUUGCAGCUGCCAACGGGGACACAGAAUGUGUUCAGAUCAUGGCCAAAAACGCAGCUGUUAUCGAGAUGAAAAAUCAGGACGGAAGAAGUGCACUGGCUGUUGCUGCUUGUUGCAACCAGAUUGAUGUGGUGGAUGUAUUACUAAACCAAAAUGCGGAUAUCAACUCAAGGGAUAUCCAGGGUCGUACCCCUCUCAUGCUAGCUGCACAG